AUGAGUCGGUUGGCGGCCACCCGCGUGACCGAGAGCGACGACGACGACGAGACCAUCGCGGGCCAUGGCAACAACCGCCAGCACGACGUCGUCUUGAGCCGCGAAGAGUUCGAUUUGCUGCAGGCGUUCCACAAGCUCAUCCCCGUCCCCGCGCUCUCGUCUGGCAUCACGCGCGUCGUGUGCGACGAAGAGCUCCAAGUCGGCGACGAAGCG